AUGGCUUCUGAAGCAUUUGACAUUCUUAAAUCCUCCGAACACCCUGCACUGGCGGCCCGCCAGCCCAACGCUGCGGAUUCAUCGCCGUCGCUAAAGCCAGAUGAAUUUGAAGCAGGCGACAUAUGGAGAAUGAUUUCCAAGGCGAAAGCGUCCGUGCCUAACGGCCACCGCGUUGAAAAUCUCACAUGGCGUAUGAUGUCCAUCAACCUUCGCAAGUCUAAGCUUGGGUCGUCUCCGCUCUCCCCUGCCUCGUCUGCAGAUAUGCAGUAUGGAGAGCUCAAUUCUGCGCACUCUUUACAGCAUAGUUCACCAAACACUGUAUCAUCACACUCUAUGUUUUAUAAUACCGAUCCAAAGACCGCCAAACACACUGAGGUCGCACUUGUAUCGCCCAAACACUCUGACGUUAGCGGUGGUGAUGGUGCAGAUGUCGACAUGCUGCCCGAUGCAAUUCCCCCGGCGAGCGUGCCCGAUGUUGGAACUGGAAGCUCCUUUAUGGAGUUCAACUACGUGCAGCGUAGAGUUCGUAAGACGAGCUUUGACGAAAGCGAAGCGAGAGGCAAGAAACGAUCUUUCACCCUCACGCAUUUCCCCGCAUCUAAUGAGAACGGCGGUCAGCCUAUAUGUAGCACGCCGAAACUGUCUACAACGGCAAACAACAACCUUCCUCUAAGCUCCAACUUUUCAAACCGCACAGUACCAAUCGGCAAACAAACUGUUCCUGGUGACGCGGGUUUUGCUUCGACUACUGGUGCUACGGAGAAUCCGAUGCAAAUACCAAGAGGUUCAAGCGGGGCUAACGCCCACGGGGAAGAGAGCAUUCCUGAAGAUCCUCUCAACCUGGACUUUGAUGUUCUAUCUUCCGAACCUUUUUCCUAUCCCGACAAUGCCACGUUUUCUGGUUUUGUUGACGCGGGUAGUAUCACGCAGACCGCGCUCUCCUCCUCCCCCGCGCAUACAGCGUUUUCCUUUGAACAAAACUCCUUGAAUCAAGCCACGACCGAUAUGCCCAACUCGUUUAUGAAUAAUGCUUCAGAAGAUCCGUUCAGUCGCGCUUCUUCAUAUAGCAGCCAAAGCUAUUUUGGAUUUCCCUCGCCUGUCAGUGCAGGUCUUACUCCGACGCAAUCUUUCAUUCCAGAACUGGCUGCUAAUGGCGUGUUUGAUUCACGGGCUCGUGAGUUCUCGUCCCCUAUGACACCCAAUUGUUUGCCGUAUACUCCUCAGCCUAAUUCGCUCCCCGCUGCUUCUAGCAAUUCUUUCCCUGCUCGCCCAAGCAUGUAUCGUGCCCCACACAAGUCUUUUACCAACAUUCACCACGUUACCGAUCUCAAUGCUAUGGAUAAUGUUACGCCGGCCGAAGGAUCGUUCCCUAACAGAUGGAAUCCUAACGAGACUGAAGUAAUGCCACCUUCGUCUCAAGAGUCGUAUCCAGUACCUCAGUUUGUGCGUGUCGGCACUGCAAUGGGUAUUGAUCCUAUGCGUAGCAGCGUCCCCUCGUACUACAACAACUCGAAUUCCAACCAGUUUGCGCAUCGUGAAAUGCCGGCUCAGGCGCCUGCCGGGGUAAGCUCAAGCCCAUUAAACUUUAAUCACAUGCCUUACUUGUCUUCUGCCACAGCUGCUAAACCUGGACAGGUACCCGCUGUUGAUACUGUGGCCACAGGCAUGAAGAAACGUGUCGGGGGAGUGCCUCAACAGUAUGCUCCUUCGUCAUUAAGUUAUGGUUUGAAACAAAGCUCCGGUGUACAAUUUAACAAGUACGCUGCCGUUCAGAAGAAUAAACGGGAAAAAUCCGAGGAGCGGAAAGCGGCCGAGCCUAAUACUGCUUUUAAUGAUGCACCUAGCGCCAGCAAAACUUCUGGCGCGAAAAACAACAGCAACAAUAGCAGCAGCAACAACAAUAGUAACUCUGGCAACAGCAACAAUAACAGUGGCGGAAAUGCCAAAAACACUAAGCAAAAUGUGCCAACCUGUACAAACUGCCAGACGCGCACUACACCUCUUUGGCGUCGGAGUCCAGAUGGACAUCCUCUGUGCAACGCCUGUGGUCUGUUUAUGAAGAUUAACGGGGUGGUGCGUCCGCUAAGCUUGAAAACAGAUGUGAUUAAGAAAAGAAACCGUAGUGGUUCUAACAAUUCUGGUUCGCGUUCUGGUGGUGGCCGCAAGUAUUCGUCUCGCAAAAACAAUUCCCAUUCAAAUGCCGCUCAUGCCCAGCAGCAGCAAAACGUGAACGCUGCUAAUCAUAUGCGGAAGUCCUCUUCAGUGAGUGAUGCUAAGCAAAAUUAUCCUAUAAUGGCUAAUGCGCCUGCGCCCGUGCAACGGACAUCGCAGGUGAACAGCCCUCCCGUGAUUAAUGGUUUAGACCCUGCCAUGUCAUUCAAUAUGCCAACUGUUGUGCAAAACGGCUUCCCGUAUGAGAAAACUGGUAUGCCAAAUGCUAUGGAUGCUGGUCUAACAAACGGAUCCAUGCAGAACGGCGUAUUUGGUACGCUUGGUGAUGCUGCAAUUCCUGAUUCCCUUCCCGCAGACCCGCAGUCGCUGAGUCUGGACUCGGUUGGCCUACAAGGCAUGUCUCGUCCAUGGGAUUGGUACAGUGUGAUGUGA